GGCCUCAGCAAGAAUACAAGAUGGGGAACCUUUGCACUGUUUUGUCUUGUCACAGCUCCAAGAGAGGUGCCCUGGAGUUGACAGGUAUGUCUUGGACUGUCUGUACCCUUGUGCUUUUGACCUUGGACUCAGAACUCUCCAUCUGGUGAGGUGGAAUGGCCAGAAGGAUCUAAUGGGAAGCAUUUCCCCCUCCCCCAAGGCAGCUGGAGAGGGCUAGAGUCAGUUUUCUCUUCCUCCAGAUCAAUUAGGUUCUGAUAAAAUCUCCCAAGGUUAAGCUUUGAUUACGGAGUUUCUUAACCGGGUGGGUCUGGGGAAGAACAGAACUUCUGGUGACUUCUCCUGACCCUGCAAGACGUGGGAGGCGGGCUUUUCUCUAAUCUCAGUGUGAAAAUCGCCAGUUCCUAGAGGCAUGCUCAGACUGGUCCCUGGGCCUGUCCAUCUCAGCCUCACCCAUGCUGAGAGCAGUCCUCAUUUACCAGUUAGGUUUCCUGCCAGGUUCUGGGGUCCAAGGAACUGCUGCUCCUGCUUCUCCCCUGAUUUAUGGUCUGCAUUAUGUCUGGAGCCCGCACCGCGCCUGCUCUCUUCCUUCUCGGCUGUUCUGCACUUGCGCUGGGCAUCGGCUUGGUCUCACCCGAGCACCGCAAGGCUGAGUACUACAUGGCUGCUGUGUACGAACACCGGUCGGUCCUGAGCCCGAACCCUCUGGAGCUCAGCAGCCGCCAGCAGGCUCUGGAGCUCAUGAAGCAGAACCUCGACAUCUAUGAACAGCAAGUGAUGGCUGCAGCCCAGAAGGGCGUGCAGAUUAUAGUGUUCCCAGAAGAUGGCAUCCACGGGUUCAACUUUACAAGGACAUCCAUUUACCCAUUCCUGGACUUCAUGCCAUCGCCCAGGCUGGUCAGGUGGAACCCAUGUCUGGAGCCCUUUCGGUUCAAUGACACCGAGGUCCUCCAGCGUCUGAGUUGUAUGGCCAUCAAGGGACAGAUGUUCUUGGUGGCCAAUCUGGGAACAAAACAGCCUUGCCUUCGCAGUGACCCCGGGUGCCCACCUGAUGGGAGAUACCAGUUUAAUACAGAUGUGGUGUUCAGCAACAACGGGACCCUUGUUGACCGUUACCGGAAGCACAACCUGUACUUCGAGGCAGCCUUUGAUACCCCUGCCAGCGUGGACCUCAUCACCUUCGACACUCCCUUUGCUGGCAGGUUCGGCAUGUUCACUUGCUUUGACAUCCUGUUCUUUGACCCCACCAUCCAGCUCCUCAGAGACGCUGAGGUGAAGCACAUUGUGUACCCCACAGCCUGGAUGAACCAGCUGCCACUCUUGGCAGCCAUUGAAAUCCAGAAGGCAUUCGCCACUGCCUUUGGUGUCAGCAUCCUGGCAGCUAACAUCCACCAUCCGACUCUGGGGAUGACUGGCAGUGGCAUACACACCCCUCUGAAGUCCUUUUGGUACCAUGACAUGGACAACCCCGAAGGCCACCUUAUAAUUGCCCAGGUAGCCACAAACCCGCUGGGCCUUGUUGAGACAGAGAAUACAACUAGUGAAAUGGACCCAUCCCAUAGUAAGUUCUUAAAAAUCCUGUCCGGUGACCCAUACUGUGAGAAGGAUGCCCAGGAAGUACACUGUAAUGAGGCUGCCAAGUGGAACGUGAACGCUCCACCUACUUUCCACUCGGAGAUGAUGUAUGACAAUUUCACCCUGGUCCCUGUCUGGGGAAAGGAAGGCUAUCUCCAGGUCUGCUCUAACAGCCUCUGCUGUCACUUACUCUACGAGAGGCCCACCCUCUCCAAUGAGCUGUAUGCCCUGGGUGUCUUUGAUGGACUCCACACAGUGCACGGCACUUACUACGUCCAAGUCUGUGCCCUGGUCAAGUGUGGGGGUCUUGGCUUCGACACUUGCGGGCAGGAGAUCACAGAGGCACAGGGCCGAUUUGAUUUUCACCUGUGGGGGAACUUUAGCACUCGUUAUAUCUUUCCUUUAUUUCUCACCUCAGGGAUGACUCUGGACACCCCUACCCAGCUGGGGUGGGAAAAUGACCACUAUUUCUUGAAGAAGAGUGGACUGUCCUCUGGCCUGGUGACAGCAGCUCUCUAUGGGCGGUUGUAUGAGAGGGACUAGGAAGUGUGUGGCCAGUGGAGUGGGCUCUGCCAGCGUGCUGGGGCCCUCUCCGCCCAGAGGGUGGGAAGCCAUUUCCGUGGCACUGGAUCCCACCCUGGGAACUGUAAGAAGAUGGGAGAGGCAGUUCCUUCUUCCUUUCCACAUAAUGACUGAGACAUUUUCUGGUAUUUUCUAUUCACAUUCUUUUUCAAGCCACACCUUCUUCCCACUUCACAAUUGGUUUUAAAUGCUAAAAUAAAAAAUAAACAUCAGUUGUUAUUUUACAGUUCCACAGAG